AUGGAAAGGCCCAGCCUGAACUCCACAGAGGGUCAAAAUGCGACCACAGUGACAACAUUCGUCCUCUUGGGCUUCACAGAGAAGCCCGAACUGGGUCCUCUCUUCUCCGGUGUCUUCUUCCUUCUCUACAUGUUCACUGUGCUGGGCAACGGCUGGAUGGUCACCUUGAUCAGAGCUGAACAGCGUCUUCACACCCCCAUGUAUUUCUUCCUCGGUAACCUCUCCCUCCUGGACCUCUGCUAUUCAUCCGUCAUUGCGCCCAAAGCCCUGGAGGUCCAGCUUCAGUGGGGUGGGGCAACCAUUUCCUUGCCAGCGUGUGCCACCCAGAUGUUCUGUUUCACAACCCUGGUGACUGCCGAGUGCUUCCUCCUGGCAGCCAUGGCUUACGAUCGCUUCUUGGCAAUCUGCCACCCAUUGACCUAUACUUUGCUCAUGACCCAAGGGCGCUGCCUCCAGCUUAUCCUUGGGGCUUACAGCUGUGGACUUCUUGGCUCCAUCGUUCAGACCAGUGGCGCUUUCCGCUUGUCCUACUGUGGCCCCAACCGGAUCAACCACUUCUUCUGUGACAUCCCCGCAGUCCUGAAGCUCUCCUGCUCAGACACUCGUCUCUCUGAAGCUAUCCUGUUUGCCUCCACGAGUGUCAUUGCUGUGGUGACCACAGCCAUUAUCUUCAUCUCAUAUAUGCAAGUUCUGUGGAGUGUCCUCAGAGGCCACGCCAGUCAAGGGCGGCGAAAAGCCCUCUCUACCUGCGCUUCCCAUCUCACUACUCUUAGUCUCUUCUAUGGCACCGCCAUUUUCAUGUACGCCCAGCCGAGGACCAAAGGGUCCCAAGACCAAGACAAGGUGGUUUCCAUGUUCUACACACUGGUGAUUCCAAUGCUGAAUCCGCUGAUCUACAGCUUGAGGAACAGGGAUGUGAAGGAAGCCAUGAAGCACCUGAUGAGCAGGAAGAUAAGAGGUCUGGCUGUUAAGUAA